GCUUCUUUCAACAGCAGCAACAGUUAGUCAGACACCACGGUAGCUUGCUAGACAAAAUAGCUGAACCAAUAAAGCUCUUUAGACGCUUUCGUGUAUAUUAGGCACUGUGUUUUAAACCCACUUCUGUCGUCUAGUUAGUUAUCCGAUUUAAUUUCAUAUUUACGGUGUUGUUGUUAUUAUUCAGCUAGCGGGCUGGGUAAGUUAGCAUUAGCCUAGCUAGCUAGCAUUCUCGACCAUGAGCUCACUAAGCUACUCUCCUCCUGAUAAAGAAGAGGUCUGCUGCACGAAGAAAGAAGCUUUCGUCAAAGAGGAGGAGGAAGAGGAGGCUGUUACAAUACAAAAACAAGUAGAGGUUGAGGCUUUUACCGUGAAAGAAGAAGAGAAAGACGUUACAGUUAAAGAAGAGGAAGACGCGUUCAGAGUGAAAGAGGAGGAUGUUACAGUAAAAGAAGAGGAGGCAGAUAAAGAGGAGGAUGCAGUUUUUGGAGUGAAAGAGGAGGAGGGGGAGAUGACUGUCACAUCCAAAAAGGAGGAGGAAGAAGAGGAGGAAACUGGAUAUCUCGGGCCGGUUUCCCAGACGCAUCUUAAGGCAUCCAACUAUGAAGUUAGCCUUAUGAUGCCUUCGGGAAACCGGUCCCUGGUUAAUACUAGAGAGAGACGGGACUAUCUUGGAUCCUCUGGGGAGCCUCAACAACCUAAUGAAGCUGAUGAGGCAAAGAAGAGUCUCUCUAGAUCAGAACACCUCAGUAAACAACAGCAGCAGAGAUCCACAGGAGAGAAACCUUACUGUUGCUCCGACUGUGGGAAACAUUUCUCAAGAUCAAAUUCACUAAAAGUACACCUGAGAAUUCACACUGGAGGGAAAUCUCACUGGUGCUCUGACUGUGGGAAAACAUUUAACUCUACAGUAGACCUUAACAUACAUCAUAGAAUUCACACAGGAGAGAAAUCUUAUGGCUGUGAUCAAUGUGGGAACAGUUUUUCUCAGCUAAAAACCCUGAAAUCACACCAGAGAACACACACAGGAGAGAAACCUUAUGGCUGUGAUCAAUGUGGGAAGAGUUUUACUGUGUCAAGCUCCUUGAUAGUGCAUCAGAGAACACACACAGGAGAGAAGCUUCACCAUUGUUCAUUUUGUGGGAAAAGCUUUUCAACAUCACACACCUUGAAGGUGCACCAGAGAAUGCACACAGGAGAGCGACCUUAUAGCUGUAAUCAAUGUGGGAAGUGUUUUUUUACAUCUAGCAAUCUGACAAAACACCAGAGAACACACACAGGAGAGAAGCCAUAUAGCUGUAAUCAAUGUGGGAAGAGUUUUGUUCAAUCUGGAGAUCUGAAGAUACACCAGAGACUACACACAGGAGAGAAACCUUAUGGCUGUGAUCAAUGUGGGAAGAGUUUUAAUCAGUCAAGCAGCCUGAUAGUACACCAGAGAACACACACAGGAGAGAAACCUUAUGGCUGUGAUCAAUGUGGGAAGAGUUUUAAUCAGUCAAGCAGCCUGAUGGUACACCAGAGAUCACACACAGGAGAGAAACCAUAUAGCUGUACUCAAUGUGGGAAGAGUUUUGUUACAUCUGGCUGUCUGAUUACACACCAGAGAACACACACAGGAGAGAAACCUUAUACCUGUGAUCAAUGUGGGAAGAGUUUUACUCAGUUAAACAGCCUGAUUGUGCAUCUGAGAACACACACAGGAGAGAAACCAUAUAGCUGUAGUCAAUGUGGGAAGAGUUUUAAUUGGCUCAACAGCCUGGUAUCACACCAGAGAACACACACAGGAGAGAAACCUCAUAGCUGUAAUCAAUGUGACAAGAGAUUCUCAGAUAAAAGAUAUCUGAUUAAACAUCAGAAAAUACAUAGAUGAAGGAGUUGUUUCAUGAUAUCAAUGUAAUGUCACUGUCACUGUUUUUAACAUUGUUGUAGGAUAAUUUUAAUGUUUGUUCAAUUGAUUUGAGAUUUUUGUUGUAAAGGGUUUUAACACGGUUUCCCAUGCUUGUUCAAUGAACCAUAAACAAUUAAU